UUCAGCUUGAGUGAAAUGCUCAGUGCGCUUGUUAAUAGGCGCGUUUGGUAAUGAUCAGGCAUUUCUUUUCUUGUAGAGUUUUUAUUGCACCAUCAAGAUGAAGCGGGCGGUAGUGACAGCAAUGCGUUGAUCGAAUAAUGAAUCCAUUUCCCAGCACGCCAACGCCACGGCGGUUUUUACUGCCUAGACGGUCAACUCAGUCGUCGUCGCAGACACCGGGUGCUCCCCCUCAAUUUCAAUCUACGCCUCGGUUUGGCUCAUCUUCAAUCCCUAGACCUACACAGGGUAGGGACCUUGAGAUAGAAGAGGAUGAAGAUGUCAUAUCCGAGUCAAGUAUCUCAGGCGAUGAUAGAGAAGCUACCGUGGGGACCACGCAACGCGGCUCUCGCUGCCAUGUGCUCGAUAUUGAGUCGGAGGCUGGCUCAUUGUCCCAGGAAUGGCCGUCGUCAGACAUAGGCGAAAAAACCAAAGCCCAUUCAUGGCUUGAUAUUCAAUCACAAAGUCCAAGUGAAGCACCGCAGGGUAUUGAAAUGGGCAGAGAAGCGAAAAGACGAAAGAUGUCGAUUUCACCCACGCCUGUGCUUGGCUUUCCGGGGAUGGAAAAGGCGGACAGAACAACACCUGGGAACAUUGACUACGGGGCGUACAAUAUGGCUAUUGCCGAUUCCGAAGAUGAGGGUUCGGCUAUGGGCACGGACAAUAGCGAGGAGUCGCCUAUGGCCGCAUCGAACGCCAAGGCUCUUCAGCAGCCUGUAUUUCAGCAGGCACCACGGUUCAAGCCCCUGAUCGCUGAUGGUCAUCACGGCGGCCUUCCAGCAGCUUUUUCGCCGCAGCGAAGGGGUGCGAGAUACGUUGCCGGUGGAAUGGCGGCCCAGCUUCAAGGGUGGCUUUCGGAAGUCAAGAGCUGGGAAGAGAAUGGCGAGAAGACUACGUCCGGUGUGAAGAUUCACGUGGAGCAGAUCAGAUCGGGGAGGCGAAUGUAUCUCGUAGAAGGUCGCGCAUCCUCAACAAAUGUGCCGCAGAAAUGGAUAUUAGCUGGAGAGGGGAAGUUGACUGGCCUGGGUAAGAGGGCAGAAGUGGAGAUGGGAAGCGUGGUGUUGAUUGAACAGCCUACGUGGGAUGUUAAGCUGGAGGGAAGCGUUUGGAAUGUGGCGUGUGAGUGGAGUAUAGCCUUGGAUUGACUGUAAAUAGCACGACAUGGAGGCGUAUUGAUAUAGUUCAUUAAAAUAAUUGCAAAGCCACAAACACGUAAUGUGUUGGUGUUGAUGUCGGUUGUGCG